AUGGGUCUCGAGAACAUCAAGCACGUCGUGCUCAUCCUCUCGGGCAAAGGAGGGGUCGGAAAAUCAAGUGUCACUCUGCAACUCGCCCUCUCCCUUACACGGCAGGGUCACAAUGUCGGAAUCCUUGAUAUCGAUCUUACCGGACCCUCUAUACCUCGUCUCCUCAAUCUGGAGGACAAGAAAGUGACACAGGCUCCUGGUGGCUGGCUGCCGGUCAAGGUACAUGACGCAAGAGACGCAGGGGACGAAGACAAACCCGCCAGAGGCUCCCUCCACGCCCUGUCUCUUGCAUUCCUCCUUCCUUCCCGCUCGUCGGCUGUCAUCUGGCGUGGACCAAAGAAGACGGCAAUGAUCAGACAGUUCGUUUCCGACGUUCUAUGGCCGCCGAAUACAGACUACCUUCUCAUUGAUACCCCACCGGGCACCAGUGACGAGCACAUUGCCAUUGUCGAGGAACUACACAAACUUGCAGCCGAUGUCCAACCUGUGACAGCCUCCAACGGCAAUGGCCUAGCCCUCGAUAUUGACAGCAGUCCAAAACUUUCCGGGGCAGUGGUUGUCACUACUCCGCAGGCUAUUGCGACAGCUGAUGUGCGCAAAGAGCUGAACUUCUGUGUAAAGACGCAGGUACCAGUGCUUGGAGUCAUCGAAAACAUGGCGGGUUACAUGUGCCCCUGUUGUGGCGAGAUAAGCAAUGUCUUCAGCAAAGGUGGAGGCCAGAUCAUGGCCAGCGAAGCCAAUGUUCCCUUUCUAGGCUCAGUUCCCAUCGAUACUGGUUUUGGGGCCUUGGUCGAAGGCGCAAAAGACGUGCCAAACACCGCGAAUGACGCUCUAGCGACGAAUGGUCAUGAUUCAGAUGAGUCUUCAGAACUGGUUGAACGAUACGGAAAAUGCGGGUUAUGUCCUAUUUUUGCCGAUUUCGCCACCACAAUAGACCAAAAAAUACAGAACUCCUCGGUGCCUUAG